AUGGACACCGGCGGCAAGUGCGGCUACCUGAUGUGCGGCACCUUUCCGCAGGUGCACCAGGUGUACCUGGCCACCAACUCCGUGCCCGACUACUUCGUCAACGCGGAGAAGGUGGAGCAGCUGGACUACGGCAAGAUCUUCCCGAAGACGGGCGAGGAGGAGGAGGAGGACUCCUCGACGCGCCACUGCCGCAGCCGUCCUUCAGUGCGCGACCUGCUCACCACCAAGCCCGAGGUGGCGAUCAUGAAGAUGGAGGACUGCGGCCUGCCCAUGGCCGACAUAGUGGGCAAGCUGAAGCCGUUGGAGGUGCUCUCCCUGGUGAAGCAGAUUCUCAUCGGCUUCAUGGUCGCCGAGAAGGCCUUUGAGUUCGAGCACCGAGACCUCCACAUGGGCAACAUUAUGGUGAAGCACACGGAGAAGGACACGCUCAAGUACAUGUACGUCGACAAGAACAUCUACCUGCCGUCGUACAAUUUACAGGUGAAGAUUAUUGACACUACCUUUUCUCGACUUAAGUUUAAGCGCAAAGUGUACUACCGAAAUCUGUCUCACCUCUUCAACGAGGGGGAGAUUGACGUCGAGAAGAACAAGAAGAAUCCGCUGUCGCACCAGAACCAGACGUACCGCGCCAUGGCCUCGGUGAUUCAGCACGACUGGCCCAGCUCCUAUCCGCGCUCCAAUCUGCUCUGGUGCAUCUACAUCAUCAAGAAGUUCCUGCACAGUAGAGCGAUUCGCAAGGACAAGCAGAAGUACGCCAGCUCGGUGCGCAAGCUGCUGAGCGCCUACGUCAGCAUUCUGGUGAACAUGCAGACGAUGCACGAGUUCUUCAGCUUCAUCUACCAGAAGCCGGAGCUGAAUCGAUAUGUGCCCAUCAAAAUGGAGGCCAUUCAGUUUAACGGGUGA